AGGGCCGGGCUGGCCAACAGUCCAGUCCAGUCGGCCGCGUGGCUCUGCUCUACAUCCCGAAUCGUUCCGAUCCGUUCCGUUUCGAUUCGAUUCGACUUUAUUUCGAGCCAGCCGCCCAAGGAUAAAACCCAGAGCAAAUAUAAUCGAACCAUCAAGGAUCGCAAAGCUUGUGAAUUCUUUUUUCGAGAAAAAGUGUGCAAAUGCUGUGUUACUGAACAAAGAUUUUAUUAAGUUCGUGAGUCCUUGCAAACGAAUAACAGCUGUCGCCUGUGUUAAGUUCGAAUAGUGAAAUUAUGAAGUUCCAUUUGGUAGCCCUUCUGGGCCUGCUCGGCGUGGCUCUGGCGGAUCCCUCGCCCACUCUGGCCCCCCCGAUCCUGCCCUGCGUGCACGCGGCCACCGCUGGCUACGCGUAUCCGCCGCCGGCGGAGGUGAAGUUCUCCAUCUCGCCGGGAGUGACCAAGUACAGCCAGAGCCCGGCGAUCUCCACGUACGCGGAGAACGGCCACCUGCUGCACACCUCGGUGGGAAGUGGUGGUGCCUCCUACCAGUCGACGGCCGGAAUCGAGGGCUUGUCCCACGGGGGCAUUGCCCAGAUCGACAAGUACAUUGCUCCGGUGCAGAAGACCCUGUUCACUCCAUCGGCGGAGUACGGAGGCGGCAUUACCUAUGCGGACAAGUCGCCAGCCGCCAAGUACGCCACCGUGGUGCCAUCUGGAAUCGAGAUCAAGAACUUGGUUUCGCCAGCCAUUACCAAGCUGGACAACGCCUAUUUGCCACCAUCGACGGGUCUCAGCAAAGUGGCCACGUACACUUCGCCGGGAUACAGUUACAGUUCGGCCACGCCGGCUGUAUCCAAGGUGGCCACCUACUCGGCGCCAGCGCUCUCGAGCAUUCCCUACUAUGCGCCACCGGUGACCUCCAAGGUGGAGACCUACAGCUCACCGGGGUACACCUACUCCAAGGCCACUCCUGGGUACUCCAAAGUGGAGACCUACAGCUCUCCUGGCUACAGCUAUGGCCAUGUCUCGCCGGGCAUCUCCAAGAUUGCCACCUAUUCGCCAUCGGUUUCGUAUUCGGCGCCAGCAAUUGCCAAGGUGGCCACCUACUCCGCACCGGCUGUAAAGCUGGCCACCACCUCGUCACUGCUGUCGGCCCAUGGAACCGGAUACUCGGCCAGCUAUGCGCCAUCCAUAACCAAGUACAGCCAGGCGGCGGAUGUGUCCCACCAGUACUUCUCCAAGCCCAUAGUGGCCGCCUAUCCAGCUGUUGCUCCGGCGGUUACCAAGGUGGCCGCCAGCUACGGAGGCACUGCAUCGGGAGCUCUUUCGCACCAGUAUGUGGCCCAGCCCGCCAUUGCCAAGGUGGCCAGCUAUGCUGCCCCAGCGGUGGCCACCUACUCAUCCGCUCCGGCCAUCACAAAGCUAUCCACCAGCUAUGGAGCUUCGGGAUCGGGUGCCGUCUCCCAUCAGUAUGUGUCCAAGCCAGCCCCUGCCAUUACCAAUGUGGCCAGCUAUGCUGCUCCUGCCAUUGCCAGCUACUCCACUGGUCCUGCCGUUGCCAAAGUGGCCACCUAUGCUGCUCCCACUGUGUCCACCUACUCCUCGGCUCCUGGCUACGGAGUAAGUGGCUCGGGAGCCCUCUCCCACCAGUAUGUUUCCAAGCCGGCCAUCGCCAAGGUGGCAACCUAUGCCGCUCCAGCCAUAUCCACUUACUCCGCCGCAAAAGUGGCCACUGGCUAUGGGGCAUCCGGCCAUGGAGGAGCCGUCUCCCAUCAGUAUGUGUCCAAGCCGGCGGUGGCCAUCGCCACUGCUCCUGCCAAAAUAGCAACCUAUGCUGCUCCAGCCAUUUCCACAUAUACAUCUGCUCCUGUGGUGACCAAAGUGGCCACUGGCUAUGGAGCAUCCGGCCACGGAGGAGCCGUCUCCCAUCAGUACGUCUCCCAGCCAGCUCCUGCCAUCGCCAAAGUAGCCACCUAUGCUACUCCUGCCAUCUCCAAAGUGGCCACCUAUGCCGCUCCAGCCAUAGCCACCUAUUCGGCGGCACCUGCUCUCAGUAAGAUUUCCUACAGUCAGGCGGCCGAUGUGUCCCACCAGUACAUCUCCAAGCCUAUUGUGGCCGCUGCUCCGGCGGUGGCCACCUACUCAUCCGCCCCGGCCAUCACCAAGCUGUCCUCCAGCUACGGAGCCUCGGGAUCGGGAGCCGUUUCGCAUCAGUAUGUGUCCAAGCCAGCGGUGGCUAUUUCUGCCGCUCCAGCAAUUGCCAAAGUGGCCACCUAUGCUGCUCCUGCCAUCGCCACAUAUGCCUCUGCUCCUGUGGUGACCAAAGUGGCCACUGGUUAUGGAGCAUCUGGCCACGGAGGAGCCGUCUCCCAUCAGUAUGUGUCCAAGCCAGCGGUGGCUAUUUCAGCCGCUCCAGCAAUUGCCAAAGUGGCCACCUAUGCUGCUCCUGCCAUCGCCACUUAUUCUUCGGCACCCAGUCUCACCAAGAUUGCCACUAGCUAUGCCGGAUCAGGCUAUGGCGGAUCGGGACAUGGCGGAGCCCUGCUCUCCCAUCAGUAUGUUUCGAAACCGGUGGCUCCCGUUCUGUCCAAGACCUACUUGCCUGCGGCUCCGGCCAUCGCCCUGCCCGCCAAAGUGGCCACUGGCUAUGGGAUCAGUGGCCACGGAGGAGCCGUCUCCCACCAGUAUGUGUCCAAGCCAGCGGUGGCCAUCGCAGCCGCUCCAGCCAUUGCCAAGGUGGCCACCUAUGCUGCUCCCACAAUUUCCAGCUACUCCACGGGUCCAGCAAUCUCGAAGGUGGCAUCCUAUGCCGCUCCUGCCGUUUCCACCUACUCAGCGGGUCCACUGCUGUCCAGUGGCCAUGGAUACGGAGGCAGUGGCUCGGGAUACAGUGCCGGAGCCGUCUCCCACCAGUAUGUGUCCAAGCCAGCGCUGGCCAUCGCAGCUGCUCCGGCAAUUGCCAAGGUGGCCACAUACGCAGCUCCUGCAGUGAGCCACCUGUCCACGGGACAUGCCGUCGCCUCUGGUCCCCAUUUGGCCACCAAAGUGGCCACUGGGUAUGGAGGAAGUGCAGCGGGUUACAGCUCGGGAGCUGUCUCCCAUCAGUAUGUGUCCAAGCCAGCUGUGGCCAUUGCUUCAGGUCAUGCCAUCGCCAAGGUGGCCUCGCCGGUUGGACUGGGACUAGGAUUGGGGCUCGGUUACGGGGCCAGUGGACAUGGACACGGAGCAGCUCUGCUGGGCGCUCCUCUCACCAAGUUGACAUCGGCUCCAGCUUACUCCUUGGGAGGUAAACUGGCCACCAGCACCGGCUACGGAAUUCAUGCGGGUAACUUAGGCCAUGGAGCGGAUCACAGUGGUGGCUACUACGGAGCCAUCUCGCUGGGUCAUGGCGCGGUGUCCCCAGCCCUCAGCUACCACGGUCUGCUGUCCCACGGAUCUGGUCUGUCGCAUCCGGCCACCUCCUCGCUGGCCCACCUGGACUCCUCCCUGAGUGGUUACUCGCACGGAGUGGGUGGAAUCGGACCGUUGGGAGCCGGUUUCUAUCGCUAUGCUCCCAGUGUGCCAGCGCUGAGCAGCCACGCCCCCGUGGCAGCCACCGCCUACAUUAAGUCGGCGCCGGUGGCUCAGCAUGCCGUGCUGAAGGUGGUGCCCGAGAAGCAUCUGGAGCACUUUGAUGCCCAUCCACGCUAUGCCUUUGAGUACGCCGUAAACGAUCCACAUACGGGCGACAACAAGCACCAAAAGGAGGAGCGCGACGGGGACGUGGUCAAGGGCGAGUACUCCCUGGUGGAGCCCGACGGCAAUGUGCGCACCGUGAAGUACUACGCCGACUGGGAGACGGGCUUCCAUGCCGAGGUCAUCAACAGUCGCGAUCAGGGCAAAAUUGUGGCCAAGCGCCAGACGGAAGCCAAGUCGUGAGCUCUUCACAGGUCGCAAAUUGUUUUGUUCGUUCAGCAACUGUAAAUAGCCUCAAAUCCAAUCUUCUUCUCAUUAAACAUUAAACGUAUUUAUGUAAACCCCACAACGGCCGCCAUCUUGCCAUGAUAUAUCCAAUAUCCGAAUAUAUAUCCUCCAACCACGCCCACACCGCCCACAACGCCCACUCUGGAUCCCCCGAUUCUGUGCUCAUGUGAUAAGCGUUUCGUUUUAUUGAACUGCUUGCGCCGCUCUCAUCUCAAACUGCGCGCCUCUUAUAAUGCCCAACUAUUUGUAUUUGUACAUAAACGGAUUGUAUAUUGAUAUUUUGUAAAAUGUUAAUUUCAAAUAAACGACAUUUAAGAACGCCACAGUCGGGGGUGCUCGACAAUGAGA